AAAACGAUCUUCUUUGCAUUCAUGUUUUCUAAAUAAUACUAUCAACUCGUGGCUAAUUCUUUCUUUACAAUAUUAAGACUCAAUAAGCUAUCUGUUUUCUUCUUGUAGCUUAAGGGGUUUCUACUCCAGAGUGUAAAUAAACUAUCUAUCUAUCUAUCUAUUUCUCACAACUUCUUCGGCAAAACGACGGCGUCUCGGCCACAACUUCACGCGACGGCAUAUUCAACUAUUUUCAAUAGUAUCGAACGGCGCUGUUCCAUUUCGCUCGCUAAUUCCCUCCUGAGAGACGCGAAAUGCUAACCUUCUUCCGCGGACGCGUGCCUCCUACUCCCGCGACCUUCUUCGAGCGCGGUCUGCGCCUGCGCGCCCAGCACGUGUAUAAAAUAUCGGCGGCUCGUAAUCGCUAGUAUACUCGCUCCGCGCGCACCGUGAUAGACGCGGGGAGUACUCGUGCCGAAAUCGUUGGACUUUGACACACGAAGCGAAGCGCCUCUCCCCCUAGGCGGUGCUUACCACAGGAAGACGCGUGAUAAAGAAAGAAAAAAAAAAAAAAAACGAGGAGACAGGGAUAGAGAGAGAGAGAGGAAAAGAGUUUCUAUUCGGACAAACUGCUGACGAGAAGAGCAGAAAAACGGCGGGGUCCGGGCAGAUGAUUCGUCAGAGGAAGACGCCUGUAGGCUUUUAUGAGAUUGGUCGUACGAUCGGAUUCUGGGGGUGUCUUUGAGAGUAAGGGAAGUCGGGGAUCUCGAGUCCUCGAAGGAAAAUCCUAUAGUCGAUCGUAGCUCGUCGAGAAAGAAGGGCCGAGGCGAGAAGAGGCGAUGAGCCGCGGACCCCGUGGUGAUAUAACAUUUGUGAUCAGCGAACUGUGAUAUAUACAUACAUACUAUCGUAUACCUCACCUUAACCUUACCUACCUUGCCGGAGAGCCCCAGGUCUUCGCGCGGAGAGAUCGGCCACAACUACUUGCAUCAUGGCAGAGAAGAAUUGCGGCGUGCAAGAUCCAGAGAAGACGUCGCUGGUGGACUCGACGCUACUUCCAAAAUUCCAGCCAUCCACGCUGCCAAAUGACGAGAAAAUUGCGAACGGUAGCGGCGCGCACGAUGAUCCCGAGGAUCCGCGACCUCUCCGAGGUAGCGCCGUCAGGCAGGUGUUGGCCUCACUGGUCGCCCAGCUUGGCACCAUCAACACCGGCAUGACCUUCGGCUUCUCCGCCAUCGCCUUGCCGCAGCUGCAAGAGUCGAACAGCACCAUUCCCAUCCAGGAGGGCUCCACGGAGGAAUCUUGGAUCGCCAGCAUGUCCUCCAUCGGCACACCAAUUGGCUGCCUCAUGUCCGGCUAUAUGAUGGACAUGUUCGGUAGGAAGCGCUCGCUCAUCAUCACCGAGAUCCCAGCCCUUCUCGGCUGGCUGUUGAUCGCGUUCGCCAGCGACAUACGUAUGAUAUACGCCGGCCGCUUCUUCGUCGGCCUCGGCUCGGGCAUGGUGGGCGCUCCAGCUCGCGUCUACACCAGCGAGGUGACGCAGCCGCACCUGCGGGGGAUGCUGACCGCCCUUUCGAGCGUCGGCGUCAGCACCGGAGUGCUGAUCGAGUACGCGUUGGGCAGCGUACUUACGUGGAACAUCUGCGCCGCGAUCAGCGGGAUCCUACCUCUCACCGCCCUCCUGCUGAUGUUCCUCUUCCCGGAGACGCCGUCCUACCUCAUAUCGCGCAGCAAGCCGGAGCACGCGAAGAAAGCGCUGCAAAAGUUCCGCGGCAGUACUUACAACGUGAAUCGGGAGAUGGAGACGCUGUUAGAGUUCUCGAAUAAGAACAACAUCAAGCGGCUGACCGGUUUCCGGGAGAUCAUGUGCGCCCUACUGAAGCCGAACGCGCUCAAGCCGUUCACCCUGCUGUUCCUCUACUUCCUCAUUUACCAGUGGUCGGGCACCAAUGUCAUCACCUUUUACGCCGUCGAGAUCUUCAAGGAUUCGGGCGCGAGCUUGAACAAAUAUCUGGCAGCGGUGAUCCUCGGCAUAGUCCGGCUCACCUCCACGAUCGCGGCUUGCAUCCUCUGCAGAAAAUGCGGCAGACGGCCGCUCACGAUGGUGUCUUCCAUCGGCUGCGGAUUCUCCAUGAUCGGACUGGGCGGCUACAUGUGGCUGAAGGAAUAUUGGACCGCGAACGCCUUACCGUUGGUCGCCACGUGGAUCCCGGUAAUGUGUAUAUUCGCAUACACGGUGGCCUGUACAUUGGGCUUCCUGGUGAUACCGUGGGUGAUGAUCGGCGAGGUCUAUCCCGUGCAAGUGCGCGGCAUUAUCGGCGGCCUCACCACCAUGGCAGCGCACUCGUUCGUCUUCAUGGUAGUAAAGACUUACCCAUUCUUGGCGAGCGCGCUCACCCGCCACGGUACGUUCAUCCUCUACGGCUGCAUCUCGCUGUUCGGCACGAUAUACUUCUACAUGUGUCUUCCGGAAACCAAAGGUAGAACGUUACAAGAGAUCGAGGACUACUUCUCGGGCAGAGGUAGUACCUUGACGACUGGCAGAACAAGUAACAAGCCAAAGGUCUUAGAAAUUAAGAAGGGCCAGAUAUUACCGUGAACAGAAGGACCGAUCCCGCUCUCGCAAAGAGACCAUCGCUACGUCCGUUUACGCGAAGCCGCCUAUCGUCGGCCAGCAGAGAAGAGAACUCGCGGCAUUUUGGCUCGUAGCGAUUUAGCUUAUAGAACGGAGAGCAACGAGGCGUGAAAUAUAUAAACUGUUUUAUCUCCUUUUUGUAGAGAUUACGAAACGGGCAAAGUACUCAAAAGACUUAGACAUUUGUUUUGUGACAAAUGUACGUUGUAGGAUAUAUAAGAUACGAUAACGUUUCCGAAGGGAGAUGUAUAAACGAAGACGCCAUAGAAGAGUACACGCCAUCGCUGCGAAAUAUUAUUAAAACAAACUCAUGAAAGGAGAACAUUAUUACAUAUAUAUAUUUUUCUUGUCUCGCGAAAGUUUAAUUGUAUAUACAUUUUUAAAGCCAUUUCAGACAGCACAAAAUAUUAAAAAACCUUUUAAAAUUUGUUUAAUCGAUUGCAUGUGUAAUUUUAUAUGUAUUUAUGGAUAUAUAUUUUUAUAUUAACAUUUUUUUUUUAAAGAAGAAACGUCUAAAAAAAAUAAGACGUCUAGUGGACAUCUUUAAGGUUCCUGUAUUGUUUAUCUCUUUUUAAUGACGUCAGAAACGAGAAAAUGCAUGUUAAGAAUUCUUGCAAAAUAUGUUAAAAUCAAUAUAUAUAUAUAUAUCCAUAAAAUAACACUUGCAAUCGAUUAAACAAAUUUGUAAGAUAUU